CCAGUAACACUGUUCCAGAGCAGCAGCCGCAGAAACAGCAGCAGCACUUCCUACUUCCAGCUCUGAGUUUGACUGUGUUCUGAGUCCGGAGAGGAAUGGAGGAGCUGUGAGCCCAGCCGCACAGCAGAACCACAGCACAACUUAAGCAGAACCGCUGUACCGCCCCGUGUUCAGGUCCGGGAGCGGCUCCGGGGAAUGAGCGCGGAGCUGCAGAGCAGCAGCAGCGGGGACUGGAAGCUCGACACGGGCCGGCGGGCCGCGAUGGCAGCGGCAUGAGGGAGUUUACUGCGCGGGCCUGGAAACUUCUCAGAGUGGGACAGCUGGAGAAAAAGCGCCGAGAUGAAGAAGCAGUUCAACCGGAUGAAACAGCUCGCCAACCAGACGGUGGGGAGAGCGGAAAAAACAGAAGUUCUUAGCGAUGACCUUCUGCAGAUUGAGCGCCGCUUGGAAACGGUGCGGUUGAUCUCACAUAAUGUGCACAAGAAGAUGAUCUCCUGUCUGCAGGGUCAUGUGGGGACAGAAGUGGACAAGAGACAUAAAAAGAUGCCUCUGUCAGGCCUCUCUCAGGCCAUGCUGGAAGGAUGGAACCAGUUAGGAGAAGAGUCUAUGAUAGGGAAGAUAAUGGAGGUUUGUGGAGAAGCUGAAAAUAAGCUUGCGUAUGAACAGAGCCAACACGAGGUCCAGCUGGAGAGAGACAUCCUGGAUCCAAUCAAUCAACUAGCAGAGGUGGAUAUUCCUAAUAUCUUGAAGCAGAGGAAGCAGCUAGCUAAGCUUGUGCUGGAUUAUGAUUCUGCAAGAGCAAGAUACCUUCAGGCCACCAAAGCGAUCCUCACUGCCACUAACAACCCGGCAAUGUCUGCUAAAGCCGACUCGCUGAAGGAGGAGAUGGAUGAAGCCCAUAAUAAAGUAGAGAUAUGUAAGGAUCAGCUGGCUGCUGACAUGUACGCUUUCUCCUCCAAGGAAGGAGAGUAUGCUUGUUAUUAUGUCGUGUUGUUAGAGGCUCAAGCUGAAUACCACAAAAGAUCUCUGGCUUCCAUUGAAAGUCUUCUGCCCAGCAUCAGAUCAAAGCAAGAUACGUGGACGGAGAAGCCGGCGUUUGGCACAGCUUUAGAGGAGCAUUUGAAACGCACUAACAGAGAAAUCGCUCUGCCCAUAGAGGCGUGUGUGAUGAUGCUGCUGGAGACUGGCAUGAAAGAGGAGGGGUUGUUCCGUAUCGCUGCAGGAGCCUCUAAGCUAAAGAAGCUGAAGGCGGCUCUGGACUGUUCCACUUCCCAGUUGGAGGAGUUCUACUCCGACCCUCACGCUGUAGCCGGAGCCCUGAAGUCUUACCUGCGGGAGCUGCCCGAGCCUCUGAUGACCUUCCAGCUGUAUGAUGAGUGGAUCCAGGCUUCAAACAUUUCUGACUCAGAUAAACGACUGCAGGCUCUGUGGGUGAUAUGUGACAGUUUGCCAAAAGCAAACAAGGCUAAUUUGAGGUAUUUAGUAAAGUUUCUUGCUAAGCUAGCUCAGGAGAGUGAGGUGAAUAAGAUGACUCCCAGCAACAUCGCCAUUGUACUGGGACCCAACCUGCUGUGGGCCAAGACUGAAGGAACCCUUGCUGAAAUGGCAGCUGCUACCUCUGUCCAUGUGGUGACCAUCAUUGAACCAAUCAUCCAGCACGCAGAUUGGUUCUUUCCAGAUGAUGUGGAGUUCAACGUGUCCGGCAUGUUCGCCUUGCCGACCGCCCCUAUGCACCAGCUCAGCUACCCAGGGACCCCCGAGCCCGAGCCGCACACGAUCGACAGAAGGCGCCCAGGCAGCCAGGGAGGGCUAGAGCCUGAGAGCCCCCGUAGAGACAGCCCCGCUAGCAAACAGCCGGAGCUCGCCCCUCGUAGAGGCGCCACUCUAUAUAGAAAGCAGCACUCUUCCCCUUCCUUCCAGCCCCCUCUACCCCCGGUGGAGGCGGGGGAGGCCCCCCCUCAGUCACCGGUAGGGGGCUCGGAGGCUGGCCUGGCCGGAGCUAUACUGGCUCAGACCCAGCAGCCUUUAGGCCAGCAGCAAUCUGCUGAAGAUAGCAGCAGUAAUGUUGCUCGAGAGCCAGCGUCCACACCCCCGUCCCUGAGGAACGGGCCUAGAGGUCCUGUUGGAACACCUACACAGCUGAUGGUUGAGAGCCCGUUCCCUUCUUCCAAGGGUCCCAGUCCACAUAUGGUGCGCAGAGGUACAAAGAAGCAGGCCCCUGCCCCACCCAAAAUAACCCCCAACCCCUCUCCCCCCACAGCCCAGACCCCUAAAUCUGUGUCUAACCCCUAUGCCCCAGCCCCUAGCCCUAUGGCUAGCACCCCUCAGCCUGUAGUCAUACCCCGCCGCCAGUCCAACAACCAGAUUCCCAUCCAGGCCCCCAACCACCCACCACCACAGCCUCCUCCCCAGAGCACGCCAGAGCCUGAUCCGUCCCCGCCCAGAACCCCCACCCCACCAGACACGCCCCCGCACGACAGCCUCCAGAACACCCAACACUCCUCCUUCCACUCCGGCUCUCUGCCCCGCCCCCGGCCCUUACCCAGACCACGGCCCAGGCCCAGCGUCCCUCCACCCCCACAGCCUGUUAGCGACGAUGCUAACGGAGUCUGCACUUCUGCAUCCAGGAUCAUCACAGAUGUGGGCGUGUCUUUUAAGGGGCCAGGGCGGGUCCUUGUCCCCGUGAUUGCUGUAGAGCAGCUUGAAGCCACGCCCUCUGACGCUGAGCACCAUUCAGAGAGCACCAUGCUGUGAAGAGAAGAUGAAACUCAGCCUAGCCUAGCACUCCCUCUCUGGAGCACGCAGUUCUGAUCCUGGACCAAAGCCAGAUCCUCCCAGCACUGAUGAUGGAGCUUCUUCCUCCUCCAGGCUGUUACUGUUUCCAUUCUCCUCACCACAUAUCAUAAUCCUUCCCAGGAGGCCGAGCAGAAGAGAUGCUGUAAACCGCACCCAUAUCAUAUCAAAUUUCUCAGCUUUUUUAUUAUUAUUAUUUUUUUUAUUUCUUUUACGGUUUUCCAAGAAUUCUUUGAAAGAUAAAUGUUUAUGUGAGUUUAGUAUUCUGUGUUUUUAGCUUUACCCGGGUUUGUAUUAUUAAUUGUGCCUUUGAAAAGUGUUUUAAAGCCUCUGGGAACACAUUUUAUAUAUUGAUUUUGUUAUAUAAUACUAAACUUCGGUAUUAAGUGUUCAGCAAAGUUUGAGUAGAAAACACAAAGCAGAAAUAUGAUAAAACACUCCUCAAAAAUGAGCAAAAUGCACUCCUUAAACCUCUCCAGAGCAUUUAAAGAUGAGCAAUGAGACGCUUUAGCCCUCCAGGUUUAGUUUUAGCUUUAGCUCUCCAAGUUUAGCUGUAGCUCUCCAGUUUUAGCUCACCAGGAUUAGCUUUAGCUGUCAAGGUUAAAGUUUCGCUUUGGCUGUCAAGGUUUUCUUUUAGCUUUAGCUCGUCAGGUUUUAGUCAAAACUUUAUCUCUCAAGGUUUAGCUUUAACUUUACCCUUUAGCUGCCCUUGUGUAGUUUUUGGAUUGUCUUUACCUUUAGCUCUCCAGCUUUAGUUUUAGCUUUAGCUCUCCACAUUUAGCUAUAGCUCUACAUAUUUAGCUCACCAGAUUUAGCUUUAGUUAUGUUUUAGCUCACCAGGAUUAGCAUUACCUGUCAAGAUUAAAUUUUAGCUUUGGCUGUCAAGGUUUCCUUUUAGCUUCAGCUCGUCAGGUGUUAGUUGUAACUUUACCUCUCCAGGUUUAGCUCUAACUUUACCUUUAAGACUCCAUUUGCAGUUUUGGGUUUGUCUUUACCCCUAUGUCUCCAGAUUUAGCUUUAACUUUACCUUUAGCUCUUCUUGUAGUUUUUGGUUUGUCUUUACCUUUAUCUCUCCAGGUUUAGCUUUAACCUUACUUUUAGCUCUCCAUGUGUAGUUUUUGGAUUUGUCUUUACCUUUAUCUCUCCAGGUUUAGCUCUUACUUUACCUUUAAGACUCCAUUUGCAGAUCUCUUACUUUACCUUUAGCUCUCCAUGUGUAGUUUUUGGAUUGUCUUUGCCUUUAACUCUACAGGUUUAGCUUUAACUUCAACUUUAUAUUACUCCAUUUUAUGCAUAGUUCUGGGGUUUUUAUCUUUAUCUUUUAACUCUCCAGAUUUAUCUUUAGCUGUUUAGCUGUAGUUUUAGCUAAAUCUUUAGCUCUUCAGGUUUAGUUUUAGCCUUAACUUUAGUCCUCCACAACCUGCUCAAGCUUAAAGAGAAGGUAAAAUCAUGCUGGCAUUGUGAUUAUCCAUAGUUUUUCUAACCCACAUACUUUGUGCAUUUACGCUUUGGGGAGCCAAACAUUUUAUAGAACAACACAAUUAUUCAGAAAAAAAAGUAAUUUAGAUUUAGGUUCCCGGGGGCUUUAACUGCACAGGACUGGAAGAGAAGGGAGAGACCAAAGCAAUCUGAGCUUUAAGUUAAACGGCCUUUACACCUGCAGGGACGCUCUGAGUCUGUGUGUACUGCACUGUCAGCAGACUGUGUUAGGUUUUUAUCGUUUUCCUGGCAGCCAUAUGUUUUUCUUUCUUUGUUUAAACUGUACAAGAAUUCAUUUUCAGUGCCUCAGAGAUUAUGCUGGAGUGAUUUUCUGAAACCACCAAAUAUUAUAUAUAUAUAUUAUAGGAAGUGGCUUAUAUAAAACUAUUGAUUUGUCAAAUGGCACACAUAUGGAAAUACAGUAUAUUGCAAUAUACCAUAGAUAUCGUUGUUGUCACACAAAAACCUUUUAUUUUUAUUUUAUUUUUUAUUCUGCUUUUUAGUUCUUUAUAUUAGCUGCAUUCCAAAGCCUGGGCUGUAGUUUUCUUGCUAUAUGAAAGCUUUUUAUAAAAUUUUAAAGGCAAUUUUGAGGGAAAAAAAAGCUUUAUUUUUUAAAGAGCCACUAAACCCUAUACUCCAUAUUUUAUCAAUUAAUUGCUAAAAUGUGUUACUUUAAAGUAAUAAAACAUAUCAGUCCUGCUUAAAAUGUUUAUAAACAUUUUCUUAAACUUAAAAAAAAAAAACAUUACCUUUAGCUCUCCAGGUUUAGCUGUAACUUUACCUUUAAGACUCCAUUUGCAGUUUUGGGUUUGUCUUUGCAUUUAGCUCUCCAGGUUUAGAUUUAACCUUACCUUUAUAUCACUCCAUUUUUUGCAUAGUUUUGGGUUUGUCUUUACCUUUUAGCUCUUCAGAUUUAUCUUUAGCUAUUUAGCUGUAGUUUUAGCUAAAUCUUUAGCUCUCCAGAUUUAUCUUUAGCUAUUUAGCUGUAGCUUUAGCUAAAUCUUUAGCUCUCCAGAUUUAUUUUUAGCUAUUUAGCUGUAGUUUUAGCUAAAUCUUUAGCUCUCCAGAUUUAUCUUUAGCUAUUUAGCUGUAGUUUUAGCUAAAUCUUUAGCUCUUCAGAUGUAUCUUUAGCUAUUUAGCUGUAGUUUUAGCUAAAUCUUUAGCUCUCCAGAUUUAUCCUUAGCUAUUUAGCUGUAGUUUUAGCUAAAUCUUUAGCUCUUGAGAUUUAUCUUUAGCUAUUUAGCUGUAGUUUUAGCUAAAUCUUUAGCUCUCCAGGUUUAGCUUUAGCUAUUUAGCUGUAGUUUUAGCUAAAUCUUUAGCUCUCCAGAUUUAUCUUUAGCUAUUUAGGUGUAGUUUUAGCUAAAUCUUUAGCUCUCCAGAUUUAUCUUUAGCUAUUUAGCUGUAGUUUUAGCUAAAUCUUUAGCUCUUCAGAUUUAUCUUUAGCUGUUUAGCUGUAGUUUUAGCUAAAUCUUUAGCUCUCCAGAUUUAUCUUUAGCUAUUUAGCUGUAGUUUUAGCUAAAUCUUUAGCUCUUCAGAUUUAUCUUUAGCUAUUUAGGUGUAGUUUUAGCUAAAUCUUUAGCUCUCCAGAUUUAUCUUUAGCUAUUUAGCUGUAGUUUUAGCUAAAUCUUUAGCUCUCCAGAUUUAUCUUUAGCUAUUUAGCUGUAG